CCUAGGAAGCCCGGUUGUGUCAUCGCCGCGAUUCGGCCCCCGCUCGGCCUGCUCCCGGCGGCAGCGGCGGGGCCGCGGAAGGACCGGGCCGGGGGUUGACGGGCGAGGCGCUCGAGGGAGACCGGGGCCGGGCGGGAGCGGGGGGGUGUUCGCUGGGUCCCCCCUCUGGCCCCCCGCGAUGAGGAGGGCCCUUCACGGAACCGGGUGAAUGGUAGUGUCUAGAAAGGGUAUGUCCCUUCAAGAGAGAGGUGCCAAUGUCCAACCGGCCUAAUAACAAUCCAGGGGGGUCACUGCGACGUUCACAGAGGAACACUGCCGGGGCCCAACCACAAGACGACUCGAUAGGAGGAAGGUCACAUUUAGGGCAGGCAAAACAUAAGGGAUAUAGCCCUCCUGAGAGUAGAAAAUCUAAUUCUAAGGCACCCAAAGUGCAGUCUAAUACUACUUCUGAACUGUCAAGGGGACACCUUUCUAAAAGAAGCUGCAGUUCGUCAUCUGCUGUCAUAGUUCCACAACCAGAGGAUCCAGACAGAGCCAAUACUUCAGAAAGGCAAAAAACGGGGCAGGUGCCUAAGAAAGACAAUUCUCGAGGAGUGAAACGCAGUGCUAGUCCAGACUACAACAGGACCAAUUCUCCUAGCUCUGCCAAAAAACCAAAAGCACUUCAGCAUACUGAAUCUCCCUCUGAAACCAGUAAGCCACAUAGUAAGUCAAAGAAGAGACAUUUAGACCAGGAGCAACAACUGAAAUCUGCACAAUCGCCGUCAACAAGUAAGGCUCAUACCAGAAAGAGUGGGGCCGCUGGCAGUUCACGGAGUCAGAAAAGAAAGAGGACAGAGAGUUCUUGUAUAAAGAGUGGUUCUGUGUCUGAGUCAACGGGUGCCGAAGAGCGAUCUGCAAAACCCACCAAGCUGGCUUCAAAAUCCGCCGCCUCGGCCAAAGCUGGGUGCAGCGCCAUCACUGAUUCUUCCUCCGCUGCCUCGACUUCCUCCUCCUCUUCUGCUGUUGCCUCGGCCUCCUCUACUGUACCACCAGGGGCCAGACUGAAACAAGGAAAAGACCAGAACAAGGCCAGGCGUUCCCGUUCAGCGUCCAGUCCCAGUCCGAGAAGAAGUAGCAGGGAAAAGGAACAGAGUAAAACUGGUGGCUCUUCAAAAUUCGAUUGGGCUGCUCGUUUCAGCCCUAAAGUUAGCCUUCCUAAAACCAAACUGUCUCUUCCAGGGUCUUCUAAGUCAGAGACAUCAAAACCUGGACCUUCUGGAUUACAGGCCAAAUUAGCAAGUUUAAGAAAAUCUACCAAGAAGCGCAGUGAAUCCCCACCUGCUGAGCUCCCCAGUUUGAGGCGGAGCACACGCCAAAAGACCACGGGCUCCUGUGCUAGUGCCAGUCGGCGAGGCUCUGGCCUGGGCAAAAGAGGAGCAGCUGAAGCUCGUCGACAGGAGAAAAUGGCGGACCCUGAAAGCAGCCAGGAGACCGUGAAUUCUUCAGCUGCACGGACAGAUGAAACUCCCCAAGGAGCCGCAGCCUCUAGUUCUGUUGCAGGGGCCGUGGGCAUGACCACCUCUGGGGAGAGUGAAUCCGAUGAUUCUGAGAUGGGACGAUUACAAGCUUUGUUAGAGGCCAGGGGUCUUCCUCCUCAUCUCUUUGGCCCUCUCGGUCCCCGGAUGUCACAACUUUUCCAUAGAACAAUUGGAAGUGGAGCUAGCUCCAAGGCCCAACAGCUUCUGCAAGGACUGCAAGCAAGUGAUGAAAGCCAGCAGCUCCAGGCAGUUAUUGAAAUGUGUCAGCUAUUGGUUAUGGGAAAUGAGGAGACGCUGGGAGGGUUUCCUGUCAAGAGUGUUGUUCCAGCUUUGAUAACAUUACUUCAGAUGGAACAUAAUUUCGAUAUUAUGAACCAUGCUUGUCGAGCCUUAACAUACAUGAUGGAAGCACUUCCUCGAUCAUCUGCUGUUGUAGUAGAUGCAAUUCCUGUCUUUCUAGAAAAGCUGCAAGUUAUUCAGUGUAUUGAUGUGGCAGAGCAGGCCCUGACUGCCUUGGAGAUGUUAUCCCGCAGACACAGUAAAGCCAUUCUGCAGGCGGGUGGUUUGGCAGACUGCUUGCUGUAUCUAGAAUUCUUCAGCAUAAAUGCCCAAAGAAAUGCACUAGCAAUUGCAGCCAAUUGCUGCCAGAGCAUCACGCCAGACGAAUUUCAUUUUGUGGCAGAUUCCCUCCCACUGCUUACCCAAAGGCUAACCCAUCAGGACAAAAAGUCAGUUGAAAGCACUUGUCUUUGUUUUGCACGUCUAGUGGACAACUUCCAACAUGAGGAGAAUUUACUCCAGCAGGUUGCCUCCAAAGAUCUGCUAACAAAUGUUCAACAGCUGUUGGUAGUGACUCCACCCAUUUUAAGUUCUGGGAUGUUCAUAAUGGUGGUUCGCAUGUUUUCUCUGAUGUGUUCCAACUGUCCAACUUUAGCUGUUCAACUUAUGAAGCAAAACAUUGCAGAAACACUUCACUUUCUCCUGUGCGGUGCUGCUAACGGAAGUUGUCAAGAACAGAUUGAUCUUGUUCCACGAAGUCCUCAAGAACUGUAUGAACUGACAUCUCUGAUUUGCGAACUUAUGCCAUGUUUACCAAAAGAAGGCAUUUUUGCAGUUGAUACCAUGCUGAAGAAGGGAAAUGCGCAGAACACAGAUGGUGCAAUAUGGCAGUGGCGUGACGACCGAGGCCUCUGGCAUCCCUAUAACAGGAUUGACAGCCGGAUCAUUGAGGUAGCAGCCCAUCAGGUCGGUGAGGAUGAGAUAAGCUUGUCCACUCUGGGACGAGUUUAUACUAUUGAUUUUAAUUCUAUGCAGCAAAUCAAUGAGGACACGGGAACAGCACGUGCCAUUCAGAGAAAACCUAACCCCUUAGCCAAUACUAACACUAGUGGAUAUUCAGAGUUAAAGAAGGAUGAUGCUCGAGCACAGCUUAUGAAAGAGGAUCCGGAACUGGCUAAGUCUUUUAUUAAGACAUUAUUUGGUGUUCUUUAUGAAGUGUAUAGUUCCUCAGCGGGACCUGCGGUCAGACAUAAGUGCCUUAGAGCAAUUCUUAGGAUAAUUUAUUUUGCGGAUGCUGAACUUCUGAAGGAUGUCCUGAAAAAUCAUGCUGUUUCAAGUCACAUUGCCUCCAUGCUGUCAAGCCAAGACCUGAAGAUAGUAGUUGGAGCACUUCAGAUGGCAGAAAUCUUAAUGCAGAAGUUACCUGAUAUUUUUAGUGUUUACUUCAGAAGAGAAGGUGUAAUGCAUCAAGUAAAACACUUAGCAGAAUCAGAGUCUUUGUUGACAAGUCCACCAAAGGCAUGUACGAAUGGGUCGGGAUCCUUGGGGUCCACGACGUCAGUCAGCAGUGGAACAGCCACAGCCGCCACUAACGCCACGGCUGACUUGGGGUCCCCGAGCUUGCAGCACAGCAGAGAUGAUUCUUUAGAUCUGAGCCCUCAAGGUCGAUUAAGUGAUGUUCUAAAGAGAAAACGACUGCCAAAACGAGGGCCAAGAAGGCCAAAGUAUUCACCUCCAAGAGAUGAUGACAAAGUAGACAAUCAAGCUAAAAGCCCUACCACUACUCAGUCACCUAAGUCGUCUUUCCUGGCAAGCUUGAACCCAAAAACGUGGGGAAGGUUAAGCGCACAGUCCAACAGCAACAACAUUGAACCAGCACGAACUGCGGGAGUUAGUGGUCUUGCCAGGGCCGCCUCAAAGGACACCAUAUCCAAUAAUAGAGAAAAAAUUAAAGGUUGGAUUAAGGAACAGGCGCAUAAAUUUGUAGAGCGUUAUUUCAGUUCUGAGAACAUGGAUGGAAGCAACCCUGCGCUGAAUGUCCUUCAGAGACUUUGUGCUGCAACUGAACAACUCAACCUCCAGGUGGAUGGUGGAGCUGAGUGCCUUGUAGAAAUCCGUAGCAUAGUCUCAGAGUCUGAUGUUUCAUCGUUUGAAAUCCAACACAGUGGAUUCGUGAAGCAGCUGUUGCUUUAUUUGACAUCUAAAAGUGAAAAGGAUACUGUGAGCAGAGAGAUCAGAUUAAAGAGAUUCCUUCAUGUAUUCUUUUCUUCACCACUUCCUGGAGAAGAGCCCAUUGGAAGAGUAGAACCAGUGGGUAAUGCACCUUUGUUGGCAUUAGUUCACAAGAUGAACAACUGCCUCAGCCAGAUGGAGCAAUUUCCAGUGAAAGUACACGACUUCCCCAGUGGAAAUGGGACAGGAGGCAGCUUUUCUCUCAACAGAGGAUCACAGGCUUUAAAAUUUUUCAACACACAUCAGUUAAAAUGCCAGUUACAAAGACAUCCAGACUGUGCAAACGUGAAGCAGUGGAAAGGCGGGCCAGUCAAGAUCGAUCCCCUGGCUUUGGUACAAGCUAUCGAGAGAUACCUUGUAGUUAGAGGGUAUGGAAGAGUAAGAGAAGAUGAUGAAGACAGUGAUGAUGAUGGCUCUGACGAGGAAAUAGACGAGUCUCUGGCCGCUCAGUUCUUAAAUUCCGGCAAUGUAAGGCACAGGCUACAGUUCUACAUUGGAGAGCAUUUGCUGCCGUAUAACAUGACCGUGUAUCAGGCAGUCCGGCAGUUCAGUAUCCAGGCCGAGGAUGAGCGGGAGUCCACGGACGACGAGAGCAACCCUCUGGGGAGAGCGGGCAUUUGGACAAAGACUCAUACAAUAUGGUACAAACCCGUGAGAGAGGAUGAAGAAAGUAAUAAAGAUUGUGUUGGUGGUAAAAGAGGAAGAGCCCAAACAGCUCCAACAAAAACAUCACCUAGAAAUGCAAAAAAGCACGAUGAGUUAUGGCAUGAUGGAGUGUGCCCAUCGGUAUCAAAUCCUUUAGAAGUUUACCUCAUAUCCGCGCCACCUGAAAAUAUAACUUUUGAAGACCCAUCAUUAGAUGUGAUUCUUCUUUUAAGAGUUUUACAUGCCAUCAGUCGAUACUGGUAUUACUUGUACGAUAACGCAAUGUGCAAGGAGAUUAUUCCAACUAGUGAAUUCAUUAACAGUAAGUUGACAGCAAAGGCAAAUCGGCAGCUUCAGGAUCCAUUAGUAAUCAUGACAGGAAACAUCCCAGCAUGGCUGACUGAACUCGGAAAAACCUGCCCAUUUUUCUUCCCAUUUGAUACCCGGCAAAUGCUUUUUUAUGUAACUGCAUUUGAUCGGGACCGAGCAAUGCAAAGAUUACUUGAUACCAACCCAGAAAUCAACCAGUCUGAUUCUCAAGAUAGCAGAGUUGCACCUAGAUUGGAUAGGAAAAAACGUACCGUGAACAGAGAGGAGCUGCUGAAGCAAGCGGAGUCUGUGAUGCAGGAUCUGGGUAGCUCCCGGGCCAUGUUAGAGAUCCAGUAUGAGAAUGAGGUUGGUACAGGUCUCGGGCCUACACUGGAGUUUUAUGCACUUGUAUCUCAGGAACUACAGAGAGCUGACUUGGGUCUCUGGAGAGGUGAAGAAGUGACUCUUAGCAAUCCAAAAGGAAGCCAAGAAGGGACCAAGUAUAUUCAAAACCUCCAGGGCCUGUUUGCGCUUCCCUUUGGUAGGACGGCUAAGCCAGCUCACAUCGCAAAGGUUAAGAUGAAGUUUCGCUUCUUAGGAAAGUUAAUGGCCAAGGCUAUCAUGGAUUUCAGAUUGGUGGACCUUCCCCUUGGCUUACCCUUUUAUAAGUGGAUGCUGAGGCAGGAAACUUCACUGACAUCGCAUGAUUUGUUUGACAUUGACCCGGUUGUAGCCAGAUCAGUGUAUCACCUAGAAGACAUUGUCAGACAGAAGAAAAGACUUGAACAAGAUAAAUCCCAGACCAAAGAGAGUCUACAAUAUGCAUUAGAAACCCUGACUAUGAAUGGCUGCUCAGUUGAAGAUCUAGGAUUGGAUUUCACUCUGCCAGGGUUUCCCAACAUCGAACUGAAGAAAGGAGGAAAGGAUAUACCUGUCACCAUCCACAACUUAGAGGAGUAUCUAAGACUGGUUAUAUUCUGGGCACUAAAUGAAGGCGUUUCCAGGCAAUUCGAUUCCUUCAGAGAUGGAUUUGAAUCCGUCUUCCCACUUAGUCAUCUUCAGUACUUCUACCCGGAAGAACUGGAUCAGCUCUUGUGCGGCAGCAAGGCAGACACGUGGGAUGCAAAGACACUGAUGGAAUGCUGCAGACCAGAUCACGGUUAUACUCACGACAGUCGGGCUGUGAAGUUCUUGUUUGAGAUUCUCAGUAGUUUUGAUAAUGAGCAGCAGAGGUUAUUUCUCCAGUUUGUGACAGGUAGCCCAAGAUUGCCUGUUGGAGGCUUCCGGAGUUUGAAUCCACCUUUGACAAUUGUCCGGAAGACAUUCGAAUCAACAGAAAACCCCGAUGACUUCUUGCCCUCUGUCAUGACUUGUGUGAACUAUCUUAAGUUGCCGGACUACUCGAGCAUUGAGAUAAUGCGUGAGAAACUGUUGAUCGCAGCGAGAGAAGGGCAGCAGUCGUUCCAUCUUUCCUGAUCACACGAGAAAUGCAGUGUCUGCCUGUUACAGCAAAAGAAAAAAAUCAUGAUUUCUUUUCUAAAUGUAUCACCUGAGUCAAGGAAACAUGUUACGCCUUCUUGUUGUAGGAAAAACGGCUUGCAGAUCAUACAAGAGACACUUGGUCGAUAUUCAUUAAUGGCCCCAUGGACUUAAAAGUGAUCAGGCCCUAAAACGUUGUUGUGAUGAGGGUUCUUUAGCAAGUUCUUGUUUAAAUUAUCAUUUAUUUGAUGAGUGAAGUUUUUAACUUGCUUUGCUGUGUGAAAUUUAAAAAAAGGGAUGUUUUUCCAGGCUGAAACAAUAAAUGUCGCUGUGCAGUUUAACUCCGGGUGUGUGUGUCCAUCGAGCCAAGUCUGCACUUUGUCUCCUUCAAGGACACCUCUGGUACAUAAGGAUAGAAGUUCAAGCUCACGUGUCUUUGACAGAUGUGGGCUCGUAGGUUAGCUCUCCGUGCCCGCCACUGCCCCAUUACCCUCCCGGAGUCACGUGUUGUCUGUGGCCCCCGCGGCUCUUCCGCCUACAGCGCUCGCAGCAGUCCGGUUUCCGUCAGCCAUGGGCUUCUGUUCCGUGAUCUCUCCCCAAUUAAGAUACGGUUCAAGACUCAUUGAACGGAAACAUACUGUCCAUAUAAUUCAGCCUUUGUAGCCAGGUAGACUUUUCUCAUAGCUUAGUUUGAAUCUAGCUGUAGGGCACUGCUGCCCUCUCCCCAGUGACACAGGACCGUUGAUACCGUGACUCCGGUGACCACAGUAGCCUCUGGGCUGAGGCUGGGAAAGCUCACUUAUUUCUUCUGUGUAGGUUCAAAAGUCUGCAGCUCGGGCUGGCUGGGAUCUAUUACCCUCAGACCAGAGCAUUUUGAAUUGAUGUAACAUUUUCAAGAAAAUUGGCAGUUUUCAGCCCCUGUUGGAGUAAAGGAAUUUUUUUCUCCCUUGUUCAGAGUCGUCUUCCUUCCACACUCCCCCCACGCCCCCGUGCUGACUUGGGACAGUUAAACCUUUGUCUCGGCACCAAUAAAAGCACCUGUAAGCGAUGCUCUGUCCAGUUGUUUCACAUGCUCAUUUCCCAGAUCUACAACAAUCCAUAGGUUACUGUUUUCACCUGAAAAUAAAGUUUGCUUCACCUUUUUGUUUUUAGUUCUGUGCCGUAUGCAUAACUUCCCAUCGUGUAGAUGUAUUUCAGUGCAAGCAAAUCGUCACGUCUCCAUGAGUCGCGUCGUGGCUGAUGUCGCUGUUCGAAGAAUUUACAGUAGUAACUUGAACAUAAAACAUGGAAAGAAAACGGGAGGAGAUUCUUUCCUUCCUAAGCCUGUUGCAUAAAUUCGAGGGAAUUUUCAUAAUUCUUUUUGGAAAUGAGAGAUGAGCUCAUUUUUGGUGUUGGUUUUUUUUUUUUUUUUUUUAAAUUGAACUUC